AUGGAAGCGCCCAAUCGCAACCGCAGUCCUCAAACAGACAGCUCCUCGCCUUCGGCCCUCACGGAUGAGAGAGAACCUCCGCGCGGGCCCCUCUUACAGCGCCGGCAGCAGCUGACGGAGGCCCUGGCCCGGUCCCCUUACGACCUGAUCCUUUACUUGGAGCGCGCCGUGGUCCACUCCGACCUCGCCUACCCGGACCUCGCCGCCGGCGACGCCUACCGUGCUCUGCUCCUGGCCGACGAGGUCCGCGACGAGAGUUUUGAGUACCAUGACCAAGCCAAGGAGUCCCUUCGUGGGUACAGGACCGCGCCCUGCCCAGAGGUGCUCAACCACGGCAGCCUCGUCGAGGACCUCGACCAGAUCGUCGACGGCCAAGGCGUGGAGGCGGCCGGCGAGUGCAACAUUUUAGCAAACAUUGCCUCGGUUCGCUGUUUCCAGAUCCUCUCGCUGAGCCUCCUGCUAUGUGGCUGCCUGAAGAGCGCGCUUGAAUUCUGCGAAAGGGGCCUCAAGAUGGUGCCCCACAACCGGGAACUCCAUGAGAUCAAGGACUACAUCGAGCAGGUUGCCAGGCGCAGGUUACGGAAAGGCCCCGACGAGCCCAUCGAGAUUCACAUGCUCCCGGACCGCGGCGUCGUACGCCGGGAGGUCUACCCCUGGAACACACACGAGCCUGAUCGCUUUUGCGCAGACUCGCUUUCGUUCCUCAACUCCAAGCUCGCCAAGAUUGCGCCAAAAUGCGAAGUCAAGGUCUCGAGUCUCCCGGUUUUGCUGGACGGCGCAAGCAACACCGACCAGUACGACAUCAUCCCGACGUGCAACCAACUCGGCCUGUUUGCGAAACAGGAUAUUGGCCCUGGGGAACCCGUCCUGGAAGAAUACUCGCUUCUGACUGCCAACAAUCGGCACAAGGAAUCGACUUGCGAUGCCUGCGGUACCGAGCUGCCACCCCUCCAGAGCGACUCGAAGGCGGUAAGCUGCCCAGAGUGCCACGACACCAUCUUUUGCGACGAGUUCUGCUUCGCCAAGGCUCAAGAGCUGUACCACCCAGCCGUCUGCGAGAAGGAUGUCGAUUCGAUCGCCAAAGACCCGGACCCGAGCGUCAUCGACGAGUCUCUCUACCUCCUUCUCCUGGCACGGCUGCUUGCCAUGUCGACACAUCAGGAUAUCCACCCAUUGGAGGUCCCAGAGAUCAAGUACAUCUGGGGCGACUUUGUAAGCGUGGCCCUCAACGAUGUCGACGGCUCCAUCACGGACGAACCGCCUCCCGAGUGGACGCUCCCCUUCUCUUUCAAAUACAAUGUUGAAACACCACUCCACAUCCUCGAGAAGAUGGACAUCGACAUCUACGCCACUCUCGACCGCCACGAUCUCUGGGUAUUCAACACGGCCUACGCCAAGUUCCGCGGCACCGCCUCGGCGCGCAAGAACCCGCGCGACGGCCGGCCCGAUGUCGCCGCGGUACACCCCUUCUGGUGCCUCGCCAACCACGAUUGCAACCCCAACGUCACCUGGGAGUGGGGCGGACGCAUGCUUCUGUGGGCGCGCGAGACUCGCGUGGUCGGGAACCAGCCCGGUGGCAUCAGAGCGGGAGAGGAGAUUCUGAACCAUUACUGCGAUGUGAACCUGCCGGUGCAACAGCGGAGGGAGUGGGCACAGGGGAGUCUAGGCGGGUGGUGUAUGUGCCAGCGGUGUCGGGAAGAGGCCGCUGCUGCUGUGGCUACUGCUGCUGGCGAGCCGAGGGAGGAAGUCAAUGGGAACGGGGCCUCUUAA